AUGAGAGAGUCUGAAACAGAAUUGAUGAAGAGGGCCAGCUGGUGGCUGCUCUUGGCUGGGGAGGAGAGAGAAGGAAAGAAGAAAAGAAGAAGAAAACAGAGCGGCGGCUUUCGCGACAAGAAGAUCAUCGAGUACGAGAACCGCAUUCGCCUGUACUCCAAUCCGGAGAAGAUUUUCCGCUACUUUGCGUCCAUUAAAAUCGUCUACAACAAUGGCGACUCGGAGAUCUACAUGACGCCGGAUGACUUUCUUAGAGCCCUGACGCCAGGCGUCAAGCAGCCCGAUGGCCUCGGCCUUGACCAGUUUAAAAAGAUUGACCUUUCCAAGGGAAAGAACGAUUUCAAGCACGACCUCAAACCGGACAGCAUUUUCUACAAGCUCAGCAAGUUUGGGCUGAUCAACUUUUCCGACUUUCUCUUUCUCCUCACCGUCAUCUCAGUCUCGAGGAGGCACUUUGAGAUUGCCUUUCGCUUCUUCGACGAGAACGGCGACGGCGACCUGGAAUUUGAGGAAUUUGAAAAAGUGCAAAACGCCAUUCUCUCGCAGACGAGCAUCGGCCAGAAGAUGGGCAAGUCGGUGCACUACAAAGGCGUCAGCUCCGCCGUCAGUCGGUACUUCUUUGGCGCCGACCUCAAGCAGCGCCUCACUAUCGACAACUUUAUCGACUUUCAGCGCAGCCUGCAAAGUGAGCUGCUCAAUCUGGAGUUUGAGCGAAAGCACCCCGACGAGAGCGGUCGCAUCAGCGAGACGGACUUUGCCGAGCUGCUGGUGGCCUACGCUAAUCUGUCGGAGAAGAAGCGGGAGCGGAUGAUCCGCCGGGUGAUGAAGAAGUUUGGCGGCGACAACACGCUGGGCAUUACUAUGCCCGAGUAUCAGAACUUCUUUCGAUUCCUCCAGAACAUCAACGACGUCGACAUUGCUCUGACGGUGUACAACAUUGCCGGCGCCUCCAUCGACCAAGCCACUUUGAAGCACGUCGGGAAGACGGUGGCCAAUGUGGAACUGUCCGAUCACCUGGUGGAGGUGGUCUUUACGCUCUUUGACGAUAACGAGGAUAACCAGCUGAGCAACAAGGAGUUCAUCUCGGUGAUGAAGGAGCGCCUGCGCCGGGGCCUGAGCAAGCCAAAGGACACUGGCUUUCUCAAGAUAAUGGCCACCAUCUGGAAGUCCCUUACUUCUCUUGACUUUUAG